GCAUUAAUAGAUGCUACAUCCUCUGACAGCAGUCUUGAGGAAGAGACGGGAGUUAGAAUGGUGGCUUUGUUUGACCAUGAGGAAGUUGGAUCAAACUCUGCACAAGGAGCUGGUUCUCCUGUUAUGCUAAAUGCUGUGACUAGGGUUACCAAUUCCUUCAGCACAAGUUCCAACCUUCUGGAGAAAGCGGUGCAAAGAAGCUUCCUUGUAUCUGCUGAUAUGGCACAUGCACUACACCCAAAUUACAUGGAGAAGCAUGAAACAAACCAUCAACCCAAACUACAUGGAGGACUCGUCAUUAAAACCAACGCAAACCAACGCUAUGCAACCAAUGUUGUCACAUCCUUCAUAUUCAGGGAAAUAGCAUCAAAACAUAACCUUCCAGUUCAGGACUUUGUGGUGCGCAACGACGUGUCUUGUGGUUCAACCAUUGGUCCUAUUCUUGCUAGUGGCGUAGGUAUUCGCACUGUUGAUGUAGGUGCUCCGCAGUUGUCAAUGCAUAGCAUACGAGAAAUUUGUGCUGUUGAUGAUGUGAAGUAUUCAUAUGAGCAUUUCAAGGCCUUUUACCAGGAAGUCACCCAUCUCGAUGGUAAGAUGGUCGUGGACAUAUAGA